AUGUCUUUCCACUCUUCGGAAGAGAAGGGCGCAAAGGACGCCGCUUCUCCACUCGACACGCACCAACGCGACGCUUCACCUUUGGGCGAAAAGGCGCAAUUGGACAAGAUGAGCGACGAUGUGCCAGUCGAGCAUGAAGAAUCUCACCCAAAAAUCACGGGCAUCAGCGUCUUGCUCGGCAUCGUCAUUGCUUGUGCUGGUUUCCUCUUUGGUUACGAUAUCGGUGUAAUCAGCGGAUGUCUAAUCAUGGAAGACUUUGUCGUCCGCUUUGGCGGGGGCCAAAACCCUGUUACUGGUAAUUGGGAACUGCCAGAUGACACUGCAUCCCUUAUCACUGCUACGCUAUCCAUCGGUACUUUUGUGGGCGCGCUAGCUCAAGCGCCCGUUUCCGACUACUUUGGGCGCAAGCCUUCCAUGAUGAUCUGGGCAGGCUUCUUCCUCGCCGGCGCCGUCAUUCAGACCGCCACCAUCAACGAAGUCGGCCAAAUGUACGCCGGCAGACUCAUCGCUGGUCUCGGUGUGGGCGCUCUGAGCGGUCUGUGCCCUCUUUACCUUGCAGAGACUGCUCCAAAGUCCAUCAGGGGAGCGAUGGUGUCGUGCUACCAGCUCCUCAUCAUCGGCGGUAUCUGCGUGGCCUAUGCCAUCACCUGGGCAUCGAACAAUCUCAACUACGAAGCAGCCGGCUGGCGCAUCCCCGUCGGUUUCCAGAUGCUCUGGGGAGUGCUCCUCUUGGUCCUGAUGAUUCCGCUUCCAGAAUCACCUCGUUGGCUGCUCAAGAACGAAAAGCCAGCGCAGUGCAGAACGGUCAUGGCUCGUAUGCGCGGUGCCAAGCUCACCGACACUACCAAUGGAUCUCGCGGAGAUGCGCAGCUGGAACACGACCUCGUCGACAUGCAGGAAGGCAUCGAGGCCGAGAAUCAAGCGUUCAAGGGUUACAAUUACGUCACCGGUUACGUGCUCUGCUUUGCCAAACAAGGUCAAAUGUGGAGAAGAACCUUGACGGCCAUCAUGCUGCAGAUCUUGCAGCAACUCAACGGUCAAAAUUACUACUACUACUACGGCCCGACUUUCUUCAGCAAGGCCAACAUCCAACUGCAACCCCUGCAGAUCCAAUUCUUGUUUGGCGCCAUCUCUCUCGUCUGCACCGUCCCCGCGCUCUACCUGGUGGAGAAGAUGGGCAGGAGAAAAUCGUUGAUCUUUGGUGCCAUCUUUGAAGCCAUUUGCGCCUACAUCGUCGCCUUUGUGGGAAAGAACGCUUUGGCGCCGGACGGUGUUACGCCCAACGCUUCGGAAAAGGCCGCUGGCAACGCGUUCGUCGCCUUUGCCGUGCUCCACUUGGCCGCGUACAGCAUGUUCUGGGGCCCUGUUCCAUGGGUAUCAUGCUCCGAGCUCUUCCCCACCCAUCUUCGGGCCAAAUCCAUCUCCCUAGCCUCCGCUGCUAAUUGGCUCUUCAACUUCCUCCUCAGCUUCUUCUCUCCGAAGGUAGCGACGCACUACGGUCCAUACAUCAUGCUGGUCUUUGCCGGGUGCUUGACAUUCGCCGCCAUCUUUGUCUUUUUCGUCCUGCCCGAACUGAAGGGUCUUAGCUUGGAAGCAGUCGACGAAUUGUUUACGGAACACCCUCGCAUGCCUCCUUGGAAAUCCAGCAGUUGGCAACCUACGAGGGGAGAAAAGGGCCGGGAAACGCUGGUUGGUCUCAGCUUUUUGCCGUUUGGGAACAAGAAGAGCAAGCGCGAGGCUUGA